AUGAUACUCAAGAAUUUUCUUCCAUUCUUGAUAAAUCAACAAUUUAAAUCUAAAAUUAUCAUUAAAAAAGUAACAAAAAGAAACUUAUUGACAUGUGUUCAAAGAACCAAACCUCAACCUUUUCCCAUUACUACUCCUAAUGCAGCAACUAACUCAAAUUUGAUAAUUGUUCAAAAAAGAAUGAAGGGUGGUGCAAAGCAAGUAAAGAAACCAACAUCAAUCACUCAAAAAACUAAAAGCUACAAAAAACCAAAAGUUUCUGAGGCACAAGCAACUAUUGAUUCAUCUUCAAUCCAUAAUGAAAAAUUUGCCAAGAAUUUGCCAAUAGUUGAAUUGGAAGAAAUGUCAUCUGAGGUUUUUGUAGAAGAAAAUAUUGGUAAAGUUUACAAAUUUCCAGAUCAAAUAAUUUCUAAAAUUAAAACUUUUGGAUUACCUGGAAUACAUCCUUCUUUGAUGAUUCGAGAAUCUUCAGUGGGAUUGAUUGAUAUUCUUAAAAAAGCAUCAGAAAAUUCUAGUUUAAAAUCAAGAUACAUUUUAGCUGGACCUUUAGGCUCUGGGAAAAGUGCAUUGUUACUACAGGCUAUCAAUUAUGCACUUUGCAAUUCAUGGGCUAUUAUUUAUAUCCCUGAUGCUAUUAAGAUUGUAGAUAGUAGAUAUCCUUAUUCUAAAGCUUUAGUGGGCGAAGAAUAUGUUCAGCCAACAUUGGUUUCUUUAUUGUUGAGUCAAAUUAAGAAAGUCAAUCGUAUAAUUCUAGAAAAUAAAUUAUUGGAAAUUGGAAUUAAAGAUAUUCAUCUUUCACAAAAGGUUUUCGAAAGUUUCUUAAAAGAACUUUCAAAUAAUGAGAGAUUUUCAGUUUUACUGGCGGUCGAUGUAGUAAACGCUUUCUAUACCAAUUCCGAAUACACAGAUAACAAUGAUAAAAAAUUAGAAUCUAAUAAAUUAUCAUUACCUCGUUCAAUUAAACCAUUAGAAGAGGCACUUAACAUUAGUGAGUCAUCAGUGUGGAAUCCUCGUUCACCCACAAUAUUACAAUAUACAAAAGAUUUACAACGAUUUGAUGUCAAAAUGUAUACUCAGAAGGAGGCGAAGGGCAUUUUAGAUUAUUAUUAUAAUACUAUGAUCAAAUCAGAUCCAAAAGAUUCAUACUUUCUUAAACAAUAUUUUCUUACGAAUGUAGCUAGAGCAGAAAAGUCUUCAAAAUCUUAUGGAUAUACAUUAACAUCAACUGCAUCUGUAACUUCAGCAUCAUUAUCAUUAUCAUUGAAAGCAGCAAAAGUAAUAUAUAGGUAA